AUGGGUUCAAGAACAAGUCGUAUAAUGCAGGCUGUCCUAUGCAGCGAUCGAAAUAAGCAAAUCAAAGAAGUAGAAAAUAGUUGCUUAGAAGAAAUUAAUUUGAAGAAGAAACCAGAAGAGUACUUAUUAUCGUCCCGUUAUAAAAAGAAUACAGGUCCUAAUGCAGCAAAUCCUAAUAAUAGUGAUUCAGACAUGAGGAACGAUCUUGUGGGAAGUGAAUUCCUAUGCAGCGAUCAAAAUAAUGGAAUUAACGAAAUAGAAAAUAAUUGCAGGGAAGAAAUUUCGUUUCAGGAGAAACAAGUAGAUUCAUCAUCAUCGUUUUCUCACUCAAGCAAAAAGGAUAUAGAUCCUGUGUCAAAUGCUACUAAUAGUGAUUCUGACGAGACAAAAUAUUUAGUGAAAAGCGAACAUGUGAAAGAAAAUGAAGAAGGCUGUUUACCAUUUGAAAAUCUUCAAAACGUCAUUGAUUUCGAUGUUGUUGAACAAAAUAUAGAAUUGUUCCAUACAAAUACCCAACAAAAUAUAACUAGCCAUACCAAAGAUUUAAACUCACGAUGUUUCGACCUGGAAGAUUGUAAUAGUGAUGAUAGUAUUAAAGAUCCAAAUUAUGAUUCUGAUUCAUCUUCAUCAAGCAGUUCGUCAUCUUCAACGAAUAGCUCUUCAUUAAAUAGUUCUUCAUCUUCAUCGAGCUCAUCAUCUUCCACUAGAUCAGCACGUUCACCACGGUGUACAGACUCUGUAGCUAAUUCAACUUCAAAACAUCGAUUAAACUUAGUCGAAGUAUCUUCUACUUUAGUAACUGAGUCAGAAUCUAACAUAGGACAGUCGAAAGACGCAGAAGAAAAAAAGGCAAGAAAAAGGAUUCCUAAAGAAACAGAGUGGAUAAAAUUAAAAACUAAGAUGUUGCGGAAUAUGGCAAUAGAUUAUGGCCCACAAGUAGUCAUUACAUGCACUGGACAGAACUUUGAAAGAUAUUCAUGA